UACCUCGUAGACGUUGAUCCAAAACUCGUCAGAGGUUUUCUUGGUUAGGGUUUUCAAGAAUUUCCAGAAAUCGAAUCUUGAUUUGGGAUAAGUUUGUUUCUCUUUAAGGAAGAUAUGAAUUUCAGAAGCUUCGAUGAGUUCUGGCCGUUCUACGUCAACCAACAUUCAAAACCAUUGACGAGGCGUUGGCAUUUCGCAGGUACGCUUUUGGGAUUUAGCCUCUUGGUAUACUCAAUUUUCUUCAACUGGUGGUUUGUGUUCCUUGUGCCCAUAUUCGGCUACGGAUGUGCUUGGUAUAGCCAUUUCUUCGUCGAAGGGAACGUUCCGGCUACAUAUGGGCAUCCCUUUUGGUCUUUUCUUGGUGAUAUCAAGAUGUUUGGGUUGAUGCUCACUGGGAAAAUGGAGAAGGAGAUCAAGAGGCUUGGAAAGAGGCCAUUGCAGGUCUUCUGAGAUUCCUUUAUAUGUCGGGUUUGGUCGUUACUGUACGAGUCUUUCUGGUAUACCCCGCAGCUGUAUCUGGUGGUGCUUUCAUUUCUAUGGGGAGGACUCAAUAUUGUUGCCUGUUCUUUCUCUCUUUAUUUUUACCCCCUCCACCACCUCCUCCUCCUCCUCCUCCUCCUUACAGGCCAGAUGAAUGUUAUCUUUGUAUAUGUUUCUUUAGAGUUUUAUCUACAUACUUGAAUGUAUAGACAUGGUAAAUGAUUUCAGCUGCAACUCUUUCUGGAUUGGGUUUUGUAAUCAUAAAAUUUACUCAGAAUUUUAUGCCAUGCGUCUAUUGCAGAAUACGUGCUCCUUUUAGUUUUA